GUUCGUAGCGGUAGCAACCUUCAAUCGCGCGAUGGCGUCGGCACAGGCGAGCGGGGCGACGCUCACGACCAAAUGCACGAACAAGACGUCGGUGGCGUGCGUCGUCAGUGGCACAAAGGAGAUCGAUGUCCCAUACUCUGGUGGCUCGUAUUUCUACGUCAAUGACGACGUCGAGUACAUCGAUUUCUUUCCGUCAAAGCCGACGACCAUAUACGUCCAAGGAGGUGAUAACGGCGUCAAAGUGAACCGACUGAACCCAGUGCUCACUGGGGACCACGCGAACACGCCGCUCAACGUUGAAGACUUGUUCGUCGUCACGAUUGUUGCCGUCAAGAUUCCUCACCAGUGCGAUGUGGCCCAUGUAGGAGUAUUAGAUACCAAAACCUGACGGAAGCUGUGAACCUCGUCAAGUGGCCUGCGUCGCUUCGUUCGUUGGACCUCACAGGAAACAAGAUCCGUACGAUGAACUCGAGCUUCUCCCUUCCGCCCAAGCUGCGGUCCUUGAGUGUCUCGACCAACGAAAUGACGGUCUUUGAUAACGUCAUGCUGCCCGAAUCGCUCGAGUCCAUCAACUUUGACGUGAACCAAUUUGACGUGUUCAACGUGAACAACGCUUCUUUUGCGGUGCUCAAGACGGCCAAGGUGCUUACAGACCGAAUCAUUCGGCACACAGGGACAUGCAACGGUGUCAAGGACACUUUUCUGGGAACACCGUUCACCCCCGUCAAGGGCGGCACUCCGUCUGCGGCCCUUACGCACACAGCGUGUGUUGUACUGUCGUCCGUAGUCCCUACAGGAGAACCCGGAGGACCCACGUCAAAGGCCCCGGUGGUGCAUGGAGAUGUGACACAGCCUCCAGCCACGAUGGAAGAAUCGUCGUCGCUGGGCCUCAUCGUUGAUCUGUCCGCCGCGGCGGUCGUUGUCGUCGGUGUCGUUUUAUUUGUUGUCCUUCGGCGUCGUCGUAGCCGCAGGAAUGGCAACUUUUCCCACCACCACGCCAAGGCGGUGACGGCCAUCACGAGCGAUGCGUUGCCGGACCACGCCAUCGCGGCGGAUUAUCACAACCACCACACCCACGGCGCGUCGAGCCAUCUGUCUUCGCACGUCAGCAACGGAAGCAGUUUCCAAGACCAGAGCACGUUUGGCUACGUGUAUGACAUCCGUGGGGACGCCGACUUGAUCAAUUACCGCAUCCCAAAGCGCGAGCUGCAGAACAAAACGAUAUGCGGGUCUGGCGGGUUUGCCACCGUCUACCGCGCGACGUUCCAUGACCAAGUCGUCGCGGUCAAAGAGCUCACGGCAAACAUGCACGGUCACGCCCAGCACCGCCACAUCCAAGCGUUCAUGAACGAAAUCAAGCUUUUCGCGACACUCAACCACAACAACAUCGUGCGUUUUGUGGGAGUAUCAUGGACGACUUUGAAUGACUUGGCUGUCGUGUCCGAGUUCAUGUCGGAGGGUGACCUGCGCGACCUCUUGGUGCGCGAUGCCGUUCCCCAGCACCUCCACUGGUUUGAAUCGUCGUCCAUGGGGUUCCCUUCCUCCGUGUCCAAGCUCUCCCUGGCCAUCAACAUCGCUGAUGCCAUCACGUACCUCCACUCGUUCAGUCCGGCCAUUCUCCACCGAGAUUUGAAGUCUCGGAAUGUCCUCUUGUCGGAAGCAUUUGUCGCCAAACUCACGGACUUCGGCAUUUCCCGAGAAGCGUCCGACGAAACGAUGACGGUGGAAGCCGGGACGGCUGCAUGGACGGCGCCCGAAGUACUGACGAACAGCGGCCACUACGACGAAAAAGCUGACAUAUACUCCCUCGGCGUCGUUCUCUCGGAGCUUGAUACGUGGCAAAUCCCAUACUCGAGCGGCACCAGCGGAUCUGGCUACUCGAACGUUCAAAUGGCGAUGCUCGUUGCGGCAGGCAAACUCGCUCCGUCGUUCCGGACAGAUUGUCCUCCGGAGGUGCUCCAGCUCGCUCGCGCAUGCCUCGAGAUGGACCCGGAGAAUCGCCCAAAGGCGUCGAAAGUCGCCUAUGAACUCCGCCGCCUCCAUUCCACGUAUCUGCGCCAAAAAGGCAAGCACUAGAAUGGAUGGAAUGUAUCAAUCAGUGAGGUGAUGUUGUCGUCCGUGGAGUUUGGACACAAAUUCUUAUCAAAGUCCUAAGUAAAGUGGGUCGAGUGGCG